CCUUUUUUCUCUCUUUCUCAAUUUCGUUUCGUCUCCUUCCUUGUUCCAAUUCCUCUGUUUGAUUCUAUACGAAAUUUCCGUUGAUAUCGAAUACCCAUGAUUCAAAAUUUCAUCUUUUAGGCGAAUGAUUCCUCAAUUUUGAUUUUCCGGUGAUUUCUAGGGUUUUUUUUUUGUGAGGUGGGUGUUUUUGUAUUAUCUUCUUUUGAGUCUUCUUCAUUAAUGAUUUCGCAGAUUUGUGUAGACUUUCAUUGCUGCUACGUUUUUGAAAGGGUGAUUUGAAGGGCUUAGCUUCAAAAAGGUUAGUACUUUCUUCGAAGAAGGGACGGUUAGAAUAUGCCAAAUACAUUCUCUGGUUCAACUUUCUUAAAACUGUACUAAGGUUGCAAUCUUAUCCAAGAUGAAUAGUCAAAAUCCUGAUGAUCAUGAGGACACAACGGUUGUGGGAUUUGAAGUACCUGUAUCGCCAGUUUCAAGUUACAACAAUGUGUAUUCCGCAACUGAAGAUGAGACAAGAGAUCCUCCAGCAGUACCGCCACACCUUCAACACUCUCUAUUAGGCAAUCCGGGUAGCAUGGAACUGGCUUAUGCGCCACAAAAUGUCGUCCUGAACCACCUCUAUAUCGAAAACCGAGACGCCCCAAGAUCCGUUGUAGCACUCGGUUUUUCGCAUCGGUUCAGGUCUAAGUUUGUCACAGUGGUGAUAUACAAGCCUGUCCAAAGAAGAGGGAACGCCAAUGUUUGAAUGAUGAUGCCUCUUUUUAAGUAGUGUUGGGAACUUGCUUCUUUAUGGAUUGAACUUGGUAUACAAAACCAUCUACUCCAGACUGAAUUUUCUUCUUCUCUUACCGAUUCGGUUUAGACGGUUUCUAGGUAAUUCGAUUGAAAUCAAAUCAUCAUCUUGUUCGAAGGUUAUAUAAAAUCUACAUGCAUUUUUAGGGCCAAGAAAGCUGAUAGACUUGGGCAUUGUUUGUUUGUUUGUAAUAACUCCCUUUGGUUUAACGAGCCCAAAUAUCAGUAUUGAAGUUCUGUACUUGCUCAUAUUUAAAUGUUCCAUAAAUUAUUUAAAUCUUUCAAAA